ACGCUCGGGGAGCGAGAGGCUGAGGCCGGUGGCUCACGCUGUCAUCCCGUGGGGUUCUGCUCGGACGCUCUCCUGCUGUGCCUCCACGUCCUGGUCCCGGCCAGCCUCUCAGCACUCAAGAAUGACCAAAAAAAGAAAACGCCAAGAUGAUUUUCAAAAAGUAAAACUAAAAGUUGGUAAAAAGAAGCCCAAGUUAGAAAAUGCUACUGUUACAAACUUUAAAACAAAGACUAUACAUCUGCCAGAGCAACCUAAAGAGGAUGUAACACUUCCAACAAACAACAGAAAACUGAACAUAAAGGAUUUGCUGUCACAGAUGCAUCACUACAAUGCUGGGGUUAAACAAAGUGCUCUUCUUGGACUUAAAGACCUUUUGUCUCAAUACCCAUUUAUAAUUGAUGCACACCUUUCAAAUAUAUUAAGUGAAGUGACUGCUGUGUUUACAGAUAAAGAUGCUAAUGUACAAUUAGCAGCAGUUCAACUUCUUCAAUUCCUGACCCCCAAAAUACGAGCUGAACAAAUUUCUCCAUUUUUUCCUUUGGUAAGUGCCCAUCUCUCUAGUGCCAUGACUCACAUUACUGAAGGAAUUCAGGAUGACACUUUAAACGUUUUGGACAUUCUGCUGGAACAGUACCCAGCUCUAAUUACUGGCCGUAGCAGUAUAUUGCUUAAGAAUUUUGUAGAACUUAUUUCUCAUAAGCUGUCCAAAGGACUGGUAAAUAGAGACAGAUCCCAGUCCUGGAUACUUUCUGUAAAUCCUAAUCGGAGACUCACUUCUGAGCAGUGGAGGCUGAAAGUCUUAGUGAGACUCAGUAAAUUCCUUCAGGCCUUGGCAGAUGGAUCCACUAGGUUGAGAGCAAGUGAAGGACUUCAGGAACAAAAAGAAAAUCCCCAUGCCACUAGCAACUCCAUUUUUAUCAACUGGAAGGAACAUCCAGGUUUAUGAAAAUGGGGUUCACAGCCAAAUGUCAGUUCACAGUUCAGGCUACGGUACCUGGUUGGAGGAAUAAGCAGUGUGGAUGAAGGCCUGUCAUCUACUGAAAACUUGAAAGGAUUUAUUGAGAUAGUACUUCCAUUGCUAAUUGAAUGCUAGAUUGAAGCUCUCCCUCCACAGCUUGCUGCUUCUGUUGGAAAGAGUGUAGAACGAGAACCUCUUCAGAUUAUGCAGCAAGUUCUUAAUAUUACUUCCCUUCUCUGGAAACUCUCUAAGCAGCAUGAUGAAACCCAUAAAUUGGAGUCAUGGCUUCGAAAGAAUUAUCUUAUUGAUUUCAAACACCAUUUUAUGAGUAAUUUCCCAUAUGCCUUAAAAGAAAUAACCAAGCACAGAAGGAAAGACAAAAGCAUCAAGCAGUGCACGAGUCUCUCCAAUAAUGUGGAUCAUCUCUUACUGAAUUUAACACUAUCUGAUAUCAUGGUCUCCCUGGCAAAUGCCUCAACUUUGCAGAAGGAUUCCAAUUGGAUAGAAACAAUCAGGAAAUUUGUGACAGAGACCCUUGAAGAUGGCUCUAGGCUAAAUAGUAAGCAGCUGAACAGAUUGCUUGGAGUAUCGUGGAGGUUAAUGCAGAUACAGCCAACCAGAGAGUCUACGGAGUCUCUCAUCAAGGCAGUUUAUACAUUAUAUCAGCAGAGGGGCCUUCUCCUUCCAGCGACAUUGUUACUGAAGUUUUUCAGUAAAAUCUAUCAGAAAGAAUAACUGAGAUCUUACAGAGUCAGGUAUCGUAGUAAAGUGUUAUCUCGCUGGCUUGCUGGUUUACCAUUGCAGCUUGCACAUCUUGGCUCCCCAAACCCUGAGCUCUCAACACAGCUUAUUGAUAUUAUCCAUACAGCUGCAGCACGAGCAAACAAAGACCUGCUAAGAAGCUUACAAGCCACUGCUCUUCAAAUCUAUAAUCCACAAGAAGGCAGUGUGGUGUUCGUUCUCCCAGCAGAGUCUCAGGAGCGCUUGGUCCAGCUGGUGUAUUUUCUACCCAGUCUGCCUGCUGAUUUGCUUUCUCGGUUGAGUCGUUGCUGUAUUAUGGGAAGACUCAGUUCAAGUUUGGCUGUCAUGCUUAUUGGGAUACUGCACAUGAGGUCAUCAUUUUCUGGCUGGAGAUACUCAGACUGGCUGAUAAGUGAUGUGGACCAUUUCAGCUUCUUAUUUUCAACACUUACAGGGUUUUCAAAAGAGGAGCUGACUUGGCUUCAGAGCCUUCGAGGAGUUCCUCAGGUCAUCCAGACACAGCUUUCUCCUGUGCUUCUUUACCUUACGGACUUGGAUCCAUUUUUACACCAUUGGGAUAUAACAGGAGACAAGCUGUGGGGAGUCUGUGUAUCCAUCCUGGCUCUUCUGUCUCGAGUCCUUAGGUUGAUGCUGCAGAGCCUGCGAGUAAACAAAGCUGGGCCUGAGGAGCUGCCUGUUGUGGGCCAGAUGCUUCGCCUGCUGCUUCAGCAUGCACCCCUCAGGACUCAUAUGUUGACCAAUGCCACCUUGGUGCAGCAAAUCAUCAAGAAUGUCACGACUCUGAAGAGUGGAGGUAUUCAGGAGCAGUGGCUCACAGGCUUACAUUAUUGCUUCAAUGUGUAUAUUAUGGGGCAUCCCCAGGGGCCCAGUGCAUUGAGUACAGUAUAUUGAAGAGACAUCAUGACACCUCCUGUUUUAAAUUGUUUAUUCACAGCUAUCUAAUUUUGAAGAGAGACUGAUGUAAUAAAUGUUUGUCAUUAAAG